UAUCCAAGUUUCCCAAUUUCAUGACCUGAACCUCCUACGGCUCCCAGCAGAAGUGAAAAAAAUGGCAACCUCUUCACUGUCAACUCUCACCCCUCAUUCAAAAUCCCCAGUUUACCCUCAUUUUUUUUCCCAAUCUCCAUCUCCAGCGCUCCUCUCCUUCACUCGCAUACUCAAGCCCUUCCGUAUGAAAACAAAAUCCGUCAUUCUCCCCAACGGCAACUCAGUUUCUUUAGUUGUCAAAGCCCAAACCGUAGACUUCUCUGGCUCUUUUUUCGAAGGUGGUGGGUUUGGUUCAGAUGACGAUCCGAAAUCCGGGCCACCCGAGUCGUUUGGAACUGCGACUGCUGUUGAAGAGAAAGAGCUGCCCCAAUGCCCACCUGGGUUAAGACAGUAUGAGACGAUGAUGGUGUUGAGACCCGACAUGUCUGAAGAUGAAAGACUCGCUCUUACGCAGAAGUACGAGGAGUUGCUUGUUGCUGGGGGUGGCAUGUACGUGGAGGUAUUCAAUAGAGGGGUGAUUCCACUAGCCUACAGUAUAAAGAAGAGAAACAAAGCAGGGGAGAGCAAUACUUACUUGGAUGGUAUCUACCUUCUCUUCACCUACUUCACUAAACCUGAGUCCAUGAAGGCUCUUGAGGUGACAAUGAACACUGAUGAUGAUGUUAUCCGAGCAUCCAGUUUUAAAUUUAGGAAACAGAAGCGCUAGAUUAUAAUCCUGUGUAUCAAGAAAAAGUUAACUUCGGCAAUGUAAUGUCAUAUGGUAGAAACCGUUUUGUUCCAGAGUAUUUGAAUUCCAUUUGUUUCUUUAAUCACAAAAUUGGAUCAAAGCAAAUAGAAUGAAAAUCUUCCGUUUAUAAAA